UUACCUUACCUGACACAUUGCGAUCAGACCAAUAAAUAAGAAUACGAAAACCUCAAGUCAAACUUGAAACGCAAUAGUGAAGCGCAGUGAGACGAGAACAAGUGAACCUUGACCAAUACAUGAUCUAUGGAGAAAGACAUACCUUUUAGUUUUAGGGAGGUAGGGAGUGGAAGUAAAAAAAUAAAAUAGAAAAUUUACUAUGUAUGUGAUGAUGCACUGUCUUUGUUAAAACAGGGAAAAAAAACGGUUUGCUCACUAAUAAGUGCAACUACAACGAGGAAGAAUAGUUGGAGAUGGACGGUUGAAACCCCAAAACCAGGUGAGACAUGGGGCGAAAGAGCAGCAGCAGCAGCACGGCGACGGUGAUGGGGCUUCGGAUGAUACAAUGCGGGAGGCAGACAGCCCACGUGAUCCAGCCAGACGGCCAGGUCCGCCAAUUCGUGAUCCCCGUCAAGGUCUCGGAUCUCAUUCUCCUCCACCCCCACCACUUCGUCGCCCACGCUUCCUCUCCCACUUCCACCUCCUCAUCAACCGCAGCAGUACCCAAGCGGAGCUACUCGUCCAUUCUCCCUUUGGACACCCAGCUUGAGACGGGCAUCAUCGCUGGCGCCGGCAUCGGUAGUGUCAUCAAGGCUGAGUUGAAGAGGCACUGGCCGAGUCUGAGCAUGUCCGCCAGCAGUGCUACCACUUCUUUUCUACAGUUUUCCUCUAGGAUAUCUCCAGAGGAAGAGGGAGGAGGCGUUAGUGGCAGCAGUUCCACGGUGCUAUUAAGGCGAGCUUGGGAACCGGAUCUACAGGUCAUAUCGGAGGACCGUGUACUGAUCUUUAAUACAACCAAGCAGGAAUCCGAAGGCCAAGACAGCGAUAGCGGUAGUAGUCGUAAGGGCAAGAAGCUUGUUUCGUCCUUACUGGCCCGGAACAAUAGAAACAGCAACGGUGGAAGCACAGGUUAGGUCUCAAAUCUCUUGUUUCUCAAUUAAACCCCACACCCUCCAAGACCCGGAAUCUGCCACCUCUUUUGUCUUGCGAAGGAAGACUGACUGCCUGAGCGUCAGGCAGCGGGCGGGCCUUUACCGAAGCUGUUCAAGGAACACGGCUUCCGGCGUGGUGGUCUGGUUGCGUUUCACUACCCCUCUUUCGCCAUGGUGGACCCUGACUGGCACCCAACACAGUCUGAAAAAUUGCCGUUCCUCCCACCUACUUUUUUUUUCUUUUUCUUUUUUCUUUGUAUAUCAGUAUAAUUCACUCCUAGACAUGUGUUGGACCUGUGAUGAGAGUGACAUAGGUUGUCCUUCCAAGGCCAGAAGGCCCAGAACAGUUGGAUAUGGGUAAAUCGCGCUUUACCGAAAAAAAAUAGAGUAACGCAAUCGCACAGCCUGGGCACUUUUUUUUUUAAACUUUUACGACACAGAUAGGAGUGAGAAUCAUGAGAUGAAUACAUUACCUUAUCUCUCGUUUAGUCGUUUUUGUGAUUUUAUUUUUAUCUACCUUGUAGACGCGAGAGACGAGAGAAAGACAGCCUCUGUGCUCUUUUUAGUCA